AUGGAAGCGACGCCCGAGGCCGACGCGCCCCUGGCCGUCGCGCUGCAGGACGUCUGCGCCCCGGACCAGCCGAUAGGCCCGUGGUGGCUCCGCGCCGGCGACCGCCACCACUUCCGCCCGGACGCGCAGCGGACCCUCUUCGCCGAGAGGUGCGCCGCGGCCGAGGCCGAGGUGCUGCCGUUCGCGAAGGCGGUCUGGGCAUGGCGCGAGCGGGGGGGCGACCUCCCCGAGCUGACGGGCCUGGCGGCGGGAGACGGAGAC